AUGUUCGUCAUUAAGCGUGACGGCCGCAAGGAGACGGUGCACUUCGACAAGAUUACCGCAAGACUGAAGAAGCUGAGCUAUGGGCUCAAUCCGGACUUCUGCGAUCCGGUUGUCGUUGCUCAGAAGGUCUGCAUGGGUGUGUACAAGGGCGUCACUACCUCGCAGCUUGACGAGCUCGCUGCUGAGACCGCUGCUGCAAUGACGUCAACUCACCCCGACUACGCCAUUAAUGCGGAUAUCCUCGACAGCGAGAUUAUUUACGACCGUGACUUCGAGUACGACUACUUCGGCUUCAAGACUCUGGAGCGAUCCUAUCUUCUUCGUGUCAAUGGCAGGGUCGUGGAGAGGCCGCAGCACAUGCUGAUGCGUGUGGCCGUGGGCAUCCAUGAGCGCGACAUCGAAGCCGCCAUUGACACGUACCACCUCAUGUCGCAGCGCUGGUUCACGCACGCCUCGCCCACGCUCUUCAACGCCGCCACGCCGCGCCCGCAGCUCAGCAGCUGCUUCCUCGUCUGCAUGAAGGACGACUCCAUCGAGGGAAUUUAUGACACUCUUAAGGAGUGCGCCGUUAUUAGCAAGUCUGCGGGUGGCGUCGGUCUUGCGAUUCACUGCAUCCGCGCCGCUAACAGCUACAUCCGCGGCACUAACGGGACGUCCAAUGGCAUUGUGCCGAUGCUGCGCGUGUUCAACAACACGGCGAGAUACGUGGAUCAGGGCGGCGGCAAGCGCAAGGGAGCGUUCGCCAUAUACCUGGAGCCGUGGCACGCCGACGUGUUCGAGUGGCUCGACCUGAGGAAAAACCACGGCAAGGAGGAGAACCGUGCGCGCGACCUGUUCUACGGGCUGUGGGUGCCGGACCUGUUCAUGCAGCGCGUGCAGGAGAACGGCCCCUGGUCGCUCUUCUGCCCCAACGAGGCCCCCGGGCUUGCUGACUGCUGGGGCGACAAGUUCGUGGAGCUCUACACCAAGUACGAGAGUGAGGGCCGAGCCCGCCGCGUGCUUCCCGCACAGAAGCUCUGGUUCGCGAUCCUGGAGGCCCAGAUCGAGACUGGCAACCCGUACAUGCUCUUCAAGGAUUCGUGCAACCGCAAGAGCAACCAGCAGCACCUGGGCACCAUCAAGUGCAGCAACCUGUGCAGCGAGAUCGUGGAGUACUGCGCGCCCGACGAGACGGCCGUCUGCAACCUCGCCUCCAUCGCGCUGCCCCGCUACGUCCGCGAGCAGGGCUUGGCGGCGGACGUGAAGCUGAUCGGCAGCCGUAACCACGCGCAGCGGUACUUCGACUUUGAGAAGCUGGGGCAGGUGACGGAGGUGAUCACGCGCAACCUCAACAAGGUGAUCGACGUCAGCUACUACCCCACCGACUCGGCGCGCCUGUCGAACGAGCGCCACCGCCCCAUCGGCAUCGGCGUCCAGGGCCUGGCUGACGUGUUCAUCCUGCUCGGCAUGCCCUUCGACUCCGCCGAGGCGAACGCGCUGAACCGCGACAUAUUCGAGACGAUUUACUUCCACGCGCUCAAGGCGUCGUGCGACCUGGCGGAGACGCACGGCAAGUACCCCACGUACGACGGCAGCCCCAUGAGCAAGGGCCUGCUGCAGCCCGAUAUGUGGGACGGCGUCCAGCUCACGCAGGAGCGCCACGACUGGGCGGCGCUGCGCGCGCGGAUUGCGCGCGUGGGGCUGCGCAACUCGCUGCUGCUUGCGCCCAUGCCCACCGCGUCCACGAGCCAGAUCCUUGGGAACAACGAGUGCUUCGAGCCGUACACAUCGAAUAUCUACACCCGCCGCGUGCUCAGCGGUGAGUUCGUGGUGGUGAACAAGCAUCUGCUGAGCGACCUGACUGGCAUGGGCCUGUGGACGCCCGCGCUCAAGAACGAGCUCAUCUACCACAACGGCUCCGUUGAGGGCAUCGCUGCCAUUCCCAACCACCUCAAACCGAUCUACAAAACGGUUUGGGAGAUCAAGCAGCGUGCAGUGGUGGACCUGGCUGCGACGAGGGGCGCGUUCAUAGACCAGAGCCAGAGCCUCAACAUUCACCUGGACACGCCCAACUUCGGCAAGCUCACCUCGCUGCACUUCUACGCCUGGUCCAAGGGUCUCAAGACGGGCAUGUACUACCUGCGAACUCGCAGUGCUGCAGACGCCAUCAAGUUCACUGUCGACGCCUCAGCAGUGCAG